AUGUACCAGACUUAUAUUGUGCGAGGAGAUGAAAUAUUACGAUUGCCAACAAAUGAAAACAUUCCAGAUGUCGACCUAAUAGACCGUGUCGUCAUAUCAACCGAUGAUAUGACAAUUGGACGCAUCACAGUGCAACAAGAUAAGAGCACUCUUGCUGUGGAUUAUGUGAACGGGAGCAGGGAAGCGACAGCUGUUGGUUCAAGAAUGGGUUUUUGCUACAGGGCUAACGUUUCAGAAGAAGAAGAAGAAGAAGACGAAGCAAAAAGUGGAACCAAGCGCAGGUACGAAGAAGCCUAG